UUGAAUCGGUGCUGGAUUGACGAAAUGAAACCGGAAGUCAAUAUGUGGGCGUGUUCUUCCUCCAUCGCUGCAAUAUGGCCGACAGGGAGAUGUGAUUUUUUUUUACAUGUGACAUCCAGUCAGUCCCACCCCCUUCGAGACAGCUAGAAUGUGAACAGAGACCCUUUCUGCAUCAGAGACAAACGCCAAGGGGAAAUACAGGAACGAUGCUCUAGGAACUUGUGAAGCUGUUUGUUUUCUUUUGAAGCUAAUCCUAUUAUGUUAGGGAAGGCAGCAGAACUGACCAAUCAAAAUAAGGCACGUUCAUACACCAAGUCUCAAAAUGAUGCGAUUCGUCUAGGGAAAGGGGGUGGGGGCGGCCGUGACAAAAGCUCGCCCACAUCCGACAACGACGCCCAUUCAUUUCAGAACAAACACCGCAAAGAUGUUUUUUACCAGAGCAAAGCGCCGCCCAAAAGAGUCAGCAGAAGAGCAACGCUAUCAAACUUCAACAACAACAUCCGCGAUGAAUCGGACUGUGACGUUCAGCAUUGCUGCAGCUCGAGCUCGCGUUGGAACAAAAGACUUCACUUCAUCACUUUCCUAGCAGGCUCCAACGAACUUCAUUGCGUCUUCGAGCCUGACGAUUGUCCUCGUAGGAGCAGGCUGCCCAGAUCCCGAAGCAGCUGUUGUGCCAGCCGAUGCAGCCCAGAGCCUUGCCCUUUUUCUCCAGAGAGACCUAGUCAAUGUCAGGCGCCCCCGGUUUGUACCUGCUCCAAGUCUUCGCUUGAGGACUCGGUCAACGAUUGGCUGCGUUGCAAAGAGCGUAGAAGGCUAAAGGACCCCACCGAAAAACUUUUCGGGGCUAGAAAGUGCUGCAAAACAUGUGAGCCCUGUGUUGUGGGAUGCGCGUCAGACUCUUGCUGUAAGCCAAGCGCGAAGUGUGGCUAUCUCGAGACGUCUCCUCCCUGCUGCGACCCCAUGUGCUUUACGCCGCCCAAAUCCUCCUGCUGCCCAGCUUAUCGCAAAAGUAGCACACCUCCCAGCCCGAGCCUCAGAUCCAAGCUUGAUGACUGUUGCUACAGACCCGCUUGUAGCUCCUCCUGCAAGCUGCCCAGUUGUGACCCUUGCAGCUUUUCGUCCUCAAAAACAAGCGUCGGCCUGUCCGCAUGUCGGUCUUUCACGGAAACCCGUGUCAGUGAUCCAGGUGUUGUCAAGAAGUACAAACAGUUCCGCAAAGACUACGUGAGGAAAUGGGGAAUCAAAAUUUCAAACUCCGACGGAGGAGAGUGGGUCUACAAGGACGUUAACGCCAUCCGACCCCUGUUUCAGCGCAAGAACGGAAAGAUCACGCGAAUCCGCCUGGCAGACGCUCCACAAGCUGGUUGCCCCAAGAAGUGCGAUGAUUGCCCAAAGCCUUUCCAGUGUUGGUCUUCUACAACUCGUCACAGAAGGGGCUCAUUCUGCCGGAAGAUGGAAAAGCCAAAUGACGACAAAUGCCACGAGCCGGUGGUCACGUGCUACAUAGAGCGCGCUUGUCCUCGAACUAAAGCUGGCCCAUGCUUUUCUUCGUGCUCGAAGUGUCGCACGUCAAGCUGCCCGCCUCCCGCCAGCCCAGCAGCCUGCUCGAAAUCUGCGGCAGCGCCGAAACAUGCAGCAUGCAAGGCACCUCCCAGCUGCAUGAGACAACCUUGCUGCAUGAAGCCUUCUUCCCAGGCUAUAAAAAUAUCCCCGUGUAUGGCUAAGUCUGAUACAACCCCCUUAAAAGAAUCGAUUCCAUCGUUGUCUCCUAUAUCUGGCUGUUCGUUCGUAUGUGGCUCUAAUUAGACGAUUUCUGAACAAAGUGACCCGUCUCACUAGGAUGUUUACAGUAAGCAUCGAUGAACAUGAAUCCGUCAAUCAACAUCCACUUUUCCUGGCCUAAAUCUCUGUGACACAAUUCUUCUUGCCGUCUAGUACAUUUAUUUAUAACACUGUUUGCACGCCGUGUUCUGAAACUUAAUCCUCUUGCUAGAGUUGUCAACGUUAUGAUGUCAUCAGAAUUUGUGUACAAUUUUUUUUUUUAUUUACAGUUUCGAAGCUAUUGACCAAUCUUGAAACAAAAUUGCAGAGAUCUUAUUGGUAUCUGAAAAAAUGUUGUUAAUACAAUAUAACUCAAAUUUUAAAAUUUAUUCUGUACUACAAAUGCCUCAAGAGACAGUCCUUAUAAGAUUUUAUGUUUUUCGAAAGAGAAAUAAUGAGGAAGGUUAGAAAAUAAAUAGUUGUGUAUGCUUUUAAAAUAUAAUGUUUCACAGAAGUAUGAUCUCUUUCUUUCUGUCUCUCUUUCUCUCUCUCUGUAUAUACAUGGUAGAAUGAACAAUCAAAUAAAUACAAAAAGAUUUGCUUAUCUUAUUUGCAAGAAGAAAAGGUAUACCGUUGGAGGAAUCUCUCCAAGUUGUUAAACAGAAAUACGGUCUUCUCUAUGGUGUCCGAAAGGACUACGCUCUACAUUGUUUAAACUAAUAUAGGCCUAUGUUAUAGUCGUUUUGAUAUUUCCACUUCGAAUUUUGAAUUUUUCAUUUAAAACGUGUGCUGUGGUAGUAGUCUCACUAAGAAGUCUACCAGCUCCAAUAGUCACUCAAUGUUAUUUUAGUGCGUGUUUUUUUUUUGUGUCUAUACGUCUAGCAUAAACAAUAUAAAGGUCAAAGGAAUUAUAUCAAUAACUUUAAUCACAUUUUAAUUAACUAAUGCAAUUUAGAUUUCUGUUCAUCUGUUUUGCCGAUAGCUCCUGAGCCGGUGUUGUUAUUGCCUUGUGUGUAUUGGAAGAUAUUUGUGGACAAAGCGUGAUCUUUUAUUAAAGAUUUUUUUUUUUUUGCUUUUUAAUCAUUGUAUUUGCAACAAAUUUAAAUCACAUGUGAAUAAGAAAUUAUGAUGUAUUACAAA